AUGCUGACAAUUCCGAAGACGCCCAAAAAAGUUGUGCACCGGGAGAAAGCUGCACCACAUCGCACUUCCCCGCCGAGAGUGAGUUCCUUGCCGCGCCUCUCCUCAUUUCAAAUCUUGUUUCCCAGUUCCGUCUUGACUCCUUGCUCAACUGCACGGACCGCACCAGCGCCAACUCUGUCGGAGUCCCAUGCGGUGCAGAAGAAACAUUGUCGACCGUCUCAAAUGCGUACACACCUCAUCCUAUCGCCAGCAGCACUCCGUUUCGUCACGUGUUUAAGCAGUCGCAGAAGGAUGCGAUACUGGUCACCAAGAAAUGGCCUCAGCCACGCACAGAAACAGCUCCAUCGCCGAUUCGGCUCAUUUCAACCAGUUGCUCGAAGUCAAUCACACUCUCGUCAGGUUCAGAGCCAGAACUGAACAUCUUGAACAGUUCGACUGAUGGGUCUGCACUUUGUACGGUUAUCGCAGCACCGUCCUAUCCCAAACGUUCGCCGUUGAUAAUCAAACAGUCAAACAUGGACAACAAGCAUCAAUCAAUCAUCGUGAUCUCGUCGGACUCAGAGAAUUCCAGUUUUGACAUGCCGCAAUUGCCGCCUCGUCCAGAUUCGGAACCACUCUUCGGAUACAACGAGAAAAUUCAGAAGCGGCCGAUGAGUGUCGAUCAGAUGCCGAGCCGUGGAACGUUCCGCCCGUCCAUGGUUCGUUUUCAACAGAAUUUCCAUAGUAUUUCUUUUUUUCAGCGUAGACGGCAGCUCAAGAUGUCCACGUUCAGCAAGACACCGCGAUGUGCUAGACCGACAAAGGCGUGGCUUGCCCGCACUGCUGAUCCGAAGGAUGAGGAGCCGAUCGAAUCGAUCCAGAAGAAGACGAAAAUGACGGCUGAAGAGAGGGAAGAGGUUUGGAAGCGGCUUCUGGCACCACCGACUUCGUCGCGACGAGACGCCGGUGCGCAGCCGCAGUGA